GCUCGUUUGUGCAGACAUUCACCACCUUGCUUUCAUCACACCAUGGCUUCACGUCUUUUAUUUAAUUCUCGUCUCUUGAGCAAUCGUCUUAGUCGAUUGUGCUUGCGACGCGGAUAUGCUUCUCAAACCAAGAAUGCUGGCGAUCAAUUCGCUGAAGAAUCAUUUGGCGCUAAUAUUUGGCGAAACACUGUGCUCGUUGCUAUCGCCGGUGUAGUCUGGUAUCGCGUUGACCAGUAUAUUACGCAUUCGGGCGAGGAAAAACAUCCUAUCACCAAAUGGAUUGAAUAUCAUAUGACCCCUAGCGAAGAAAACGAUCGUGCCACUGAUGCUCAAUUGGAUAGAGCUGGCAAGCUUGCGGAAUAUCGACUUAUUGCACAAGAAGCUCAACGUCCUUUAAUCUACCGCAUGCGAUACCCUGAGUCUUUCGAGAUGGCUAGUCCUCGUGGCUUGACCGCGGGCACUCACGUGGAUUUAUCUGACCUCAACAUCAGAAGGGAUUAAACAGGAACCAUGCAAACAUAACUAGAAAAAAAGAUCAUGGAGCCAAUAAAAAGUAGUGUAAACAGAAAUAGGACAUCGAGCCUCCUCCUACGUUUACUGAUGCUUCGAUGCAUGGCAAACCAUUUGAG